GGCCCUGCCAACUCUUGGGGUAUUCACGGUCUCUGGCCCGAUGAUUGCGAUGGCGAUUACUCUGAGGAUUGCGACACGUCCCGUGAGUACACGGACAUCACCACGCUGAUCGAGAAGUACGGAACCACCGAGCUGCUGGACUUUAUGGAAACCUACUGGAACAGCAAUGACGAGUCGAACGAGGAUUUCUGGGAGAGCGAGUGGGCCGAGCACGGAACCUGCAUCAGCACCCUGGACCCGACUUGCUACACGGACUACGAGACUGGUAUUGAGGCCGUCGAUUUCUUCCAGAUCGUCGUGAACCUGUUCCAGACCCUGACCCUUUACGCAGCGGGCAUUGUUCCAUCCAACUCUGCCACAUACACGCUGUCCGAGAUCAACGCUGCCAUCUCGGCCCAGUUCGGUCAGGAUCCCGUCCUCCUCUGCGACGAUGAUACCAUCUCCGAGAUUUACUACGGUUUCUACGUCAAUGGCCCUCUGCUGAACCAGGACUUUGUUCCUGCUGCUGUUGUUGGCGAGGACUCAACUUGCCCUAGCAGUGGAAUCAAGUACCCCGUCAAGUCGGGUGCGACGACCACCACCACCACUGCGACCGCGACGACGACCUCGUCCUCGAGCAGUGCCACUGGCAGCACCGUUUCGGGAGAUGGAUACUGGUACGCGUACUAUGACGGCGAGAAGAACGGCUGCCUGAUCAGCGAGGGAUACUGGUACACGACAGGCACUUGUGCGACUUACGAAGCUACCACCUCUGGUGACGGUUUCACCAUGACCUCUUCCAAGGGCACCUGUGGAGUCAGCGACAAUGAGCUGGGUUGCGCCUCCGGCGUUUCCUCGACCACCUUCACUGUGAUCGAUGGCUACCUUGCGUACGACGGUACCACAACUUUCUACUCCAACGAGAUCCCUACUGGUGAUGACGAGGCCUAUAUCUGGACCGACUACGGCGAUUAUGAGGUUACCUUCCAGUGGUAUGCUCUGUAA